UAUCUUGUCUUUAGUACCAAUUUUUUCCUUGGUUAACAAUAAUUGUUGUUUUCUUUGAUCGACCUCAUGGAUCUACUCUAGUUAUCGCGUUCGAGAAAUGAGAAGUCCUAGUUCCUCAGUGGUAUCUGCCAUCACCAAGAGGUUAGAAGGAAAAGUUGCAAUCGUAACAGGUGGUGCAAGUGGUAUCGGUGAGUGCACGGCCAAAUUGUUUGCUCGUUAUGGAGCCAAAGUUGUCAUCGCCGAUGUUCAAGAUGAUCUAGGCAAAUCUGUUUGUAAAGAUGUAACAGAUUCUACAGGUGCCGUGUCUUAUGUUCACUGCGAUGUUUCAAAAGAACAGGACGUGAAAAAUCUCAUCGAUGGAACCAUGGAGAAGUAUGGAAAGCUUGAUAUAAUGUUCAAUAAUGCUGGAAUGGCAGGGGAUAUGGAUCAAUCAAUUUUGGAUGGUAAAUAUGAAAAUUACAGGAGAGUUUAUGAUGUAAAUGCAAUUGGUUCGGUUUUGGGUGCUAAACAUGCUGCCAGGGUUAUGAUUCCAGCCAAGAAAGGAAGCAUACUAUUCACUUCCAGUGCUGCAUCGGUAGUGGCUGGGCUGACCCCAACUGCUUAUGCUAUGUCAAAACAUGCAAUUGUGGGAUUAACAAAGAAUUUAUGUGUGGAAUUAGGACAAUAUGGAAUCAGGGUUAAUUGCAUUUCACCCCAUACAAUUGUCACACCUAUGCUCACCAGCGGAUUUAAUCUGGAAGCAAGUAAGGCUCAUGACAUCAUUAAUAAGUCAGCCAUUUUGAAAGAAGGUGUGCUUAUGCCCGAGGAUAUAGCGGAGGCAGCAGUUUAUUUGGGCAGUGAUGAAUCCAAGUAUGUAAGUGGGAUGAAUCUUGUUGUUGAUGGAGGCUACAGCACAACCAAUCCUUCGUUUGUUACUGUAUUGGAAAACAGCAUUUGAUCUAUGCAGCUCUCGAAAUGUAUGUUGUUACAUUCUAUUACCGAAUUAGUGGACAGUGGACGUUAUAUAUAUAUCGUUCCGACUUUUUUCUCAAGGUUUCGAAUUUAAAAAAUAACAGCAAAGAUAUCCAUUUGAGAGACUAUAUAAUACACAUCAUUAAUCAAACUCUACAAUGAUAAAGUUCUAAUGUUACACCAA